CAAGUUUUCUGGCGUCGCCUAACUGGUUCUGUGAUCACAUGAGCACAAAGUAGAAAAUAUCAUGUGAUUUGCAGUGUUUGCCCACAAAGACGAACUUUCCCUUUAGUUGAGUAGACCUGGGAAGUAGCGCACAAUGGGAACACGGAGUUUGUGUUUUCUACUCUUCUUCUUGUUUUUGGGAAGAUGUUGUUGUCAGUAUGAACCGACGUGGGAGUCGAUAGAUUCCAGACCUCUGCCUGAGUGGUUUGAUCAAGCUAAGUUUGGCAUAUUUAUACACUGGGGUGUGUUUUCGGUCCCCAGUUACGGAAGCGAAUGGUUCUGGUGGUAUUGGCAAGGCCAGAAACUACCAAGCUAUGUGUUCUUUAUGGCAAAGAAUUACCCCCCUGGAUUCCAGUAUCAAGACUUUGCGCCACAAUUUACUGCUGAGUUCUUCGAUCCUGAGGAGUGGACAGAUAUCUUUGCAGCAUCAGGAGCAAAGUAUAUUGUCCUUACAACUAAACAUCAUGAAGGUUUCACUCUCUGGGGCUCAAAGUACUCAUGGAACUGGAAUGCAGUGGAUAUCGGGCCAAAGCGAGACCUGGUGGAUGAGUUAGCCAGAGCUUUGAGGCAGAACACUGACCUGCGACUUGGACUCUACCACUCUCUGUUUGAGUGGUUUCACCCUCUUUUCAGAGCAGAUGCUGCCAACAAUUUUAAUACCACUCUGUUUCCACAAGAGAAGACCCUUCCUGAGCUCUAUGAGAUUGUGAACAAGUACAAACCUGAAGUGCUGUGGUCUGAUGGAGACGGUGAUGCCCCUGACAAGUACUGGAAUAGUACAGGGUUUCUAGCCUGGCUAUACAAUGAAAGCCCAGUACGUGAUACAAUUGUGACCAACGAUCGCUGGGGAAAAGAUAGUAUAUGUAAGCAUGGUGGGUACUACACCUGCACUGACCGCUACAACCCUGGACACCUGCUGAAGCACAAAUGGGAGAACUGUAUGACCAUUGACCAGCGCUCUUGGGGCUUUAGAAGGGAUGCUAAAUUCAGUGACUACCUCACCAUUGAGCAGCUGGUUAAGACCCUUGUGGAGACUGUAUCAUGCGGGGGCAAUUUGUUGAUGAAUGUGGGUCCAACACACGAUGGCCGCAUCAUUCCUUUAUUUGAAGAGAGACUUAGACAGAUGGGACAGUGGCUGAAUGUUAAUGGGGAAGGAAUCUACAACACUACUGCAUGGAGAGCUCAGAAUGACAGUGUUACACCUGGGAUUUGGUACACAUGGAGACCACAAGAAAAGGCAAUUUAUGCAUUUUUGCUUUCAUGGCCAAAUAAUGGAUAUGUUGUUCUGAGUGACCCUAUUGUGUCAGAUAGUACACAGGUGGUAAUGCUGGGUUAUAAACCACUGAAAUGGGAUCCACUAAAACCCAGUGGUCUACAGGUUUACCUGCCUACUCUGUCUCCUGUAGAGAUGCCUUGUUCCUGGGCCUGGACUCUGCGACUGACUGGUGCAGCUUAGUCAGGAGUUGGGGACAUUUUGUUGCCCUCAACAACCAUGUUCUCGAGGGACCAGUUAUUUGAAUUGCUUUAAUGGUCAUAAGGGCAUGGCAAGCAUCCACAUUGCCAUUCAGAUUACAUUCAAAAUUGAUUUUUUUUUAUCUUGCACAAAGUUUUUAUGGGUGUAACUAUCUUUGAGGUGUUUUUCCUUUAAAAAAAUUUAAUUUGGUAAUACUGUGAACUUUGAUGUAUGAACGGAUAAUGAAUGAUAACCCUCCUUUGAUAAUUUUUGUGUGUGUGUGUGUGUGUGUGUGUGUGUGUGUGUGUAGAUUUUAUCAGAUUUUAUUGGCACUGUCUGUUUCAGGGUGAUAUAAGGGAAGAAUGUAUAUUUGUUUUAAACUGUUGCUGCAGUGAUACAUAUGUCAGUGAAUUAGACAAAAACUGACCUUAGCCUUUUAAAAAUCAUCAGAGAAUUCAUUUGAAAUCUUUGCUGAACUAUACAAAUUUGAUACAUUGUGAAGCUAUUAGUUUACAGAUACUCUGACCAUUAUGAAAGCUACUCCUUAUAAGCACUUACUGAUUUAUCCAUCUCUGGUUGAAAUUUAAGGCCUUGCUUAGCUUUUCAAAAGCAUUGUAGUCUAGAAGGGUAUUGCUCUGAACAUCAUAGUUCAGAUGAUGUUAAUAUUAUGAUGCUUUUGGAAAACACAAACAUUCCUGGUUAUCUAAAGUCAAGUUUAUAACUUUUUGGUGCAGUUAUUUAAUUUUCAGUCAAAACAGCUGUUAACUACAAUUAAAAAAAAAAAAGCAGAAAAUAUAUUUAGCAGAAAAUUGCACAGAGCAUCAACAACUAAAUAUAAUAAAACAUUUUCAUCCACACUUUACCUUUAUUCCAGCUUCCAUUCCUUUCAGGAGGCUUGUUUUUAGGUUUUAAAGAAAUCUUAUUCUUUCCACACCUCCGAAGUUCAGUCUUAGAAGUUCAGGCUUCUCAUGAUUUGAAUUUUGUCUAUUUCCUUUUCUCAGUAAUGGCUUCCUGACAGCUACACAUCCUCUGAGACCCAUAGCUCUGAGUUGUCUUGCUUGCUCGGUUGUUAGGAGUCGCAUUUUUUCUGCAUCUUUUAAUAAUUUUUUUUAACUCCAGUUUUGGAAACUCUCAUUUUCUUUGACUUCCUCCUUCCCUGUACAAGUUAUUUAUCAUAUGUAAUCUUCUCAGAAAUGUCUCCUAAAAAUGAAAAACCUGUAUUAAAUAGCCCCUUUAACUGGAUAUUAAUUUGGUGAUAUAAGGUGAUACUGUAUCCUGUACACAUCUAAAAAGGUGAAUAUCAGUGUAAGGAAUUUAAUAUCAAUAAAAUAAACCUUUGCUUUAA